AGCUGUCGCGCCUUCUCUUUCCUUUCCCGCGCUUCACACGAUGUUUCCCUCAUACCUGUCGAUCCCCUUCGCCCUCUUCCUCCUGGCCGCACCUGUCGGCAUCGCACAGCCGCCGGAGCUCCUCCAGCCGACGAUAACUGAUGCGGGCCCGCCGAUGUCCACACAGCAGCAGGGCAACGGUGCGCACCAUACGAGCGGGAGAGAAAGGGCGGAGAAGGAGCAGCACGCCUCUUUCUUCUCGGCGUUGCCACUCGUGUCUCUUGUCUGGUGUGUGCUUGUCUGGGUGCAGGUCUCCGGGGCUCAGCCAACCGUGUCACCGCAACCACGGCUCAAGCUCCCACGAGCGGUGAGCGAAACCACCACAGGACACACACACGCACACACACACACACACAGACGUUAGGCGUCCCAAGUCGUUAAUAUCUGUGUGUGCCGCCUGUUUCUGUUGCAGCGACCCGUUGCGCUGCUUGGUGGAUUGACCAUGAGUUCGAUUCGCCUGAAGGGGCAGUGGAGAAGGUCGUGCCACAGGCGGCCACCGCCCGGAUGUGCCAGGCGGCGUGUGCCAUGUCCAACGAUUGCAAGUGGUUCAGCUUCUCGGGCAAGAGGGUGUGCAAUCUGUUUGACGCCGUGCCGAUGGAGUACCGAGUGGUGGAGGGGGCUGUCAGCGGUGGCAAGAGCUGCACACAGAUUAGACCAGCCUAUCGGAAAGGUAGGUGCAUUUCUGCGAGAGGGGAAGCGCCUGUGUAUCUCCGGGUUUGGGGCUGGGGCUGGGGUUUGCCCUUACAGGUCUUCUUGGUGGCUUCCUGUAUGUGCCCCUCGGUGGCAACAAGACUGACGACGGCGAGGCUGCCGCCUUCAAGGCCAUCUCUGCAGACAAAGGCCCAAUCGCCGUCCCCUUCGAGGGCACACCCCCCGUCCUAAAGCUCACCCCAGCCGUCACUGAUGACUUCACCAUCGGUACCAAACACACACACAUUCCACCCCCGCCCUCCCACCUACUCCUUCCCCGUGUGUGUGUCAGUUGCUGUGCUGGCCAACCAGUCGGCUACUGACGCCCGGACGCUGUCGGGCCGCGUGCGGUGGACUCUGCUCGAGUACGACAACGACAAGAGGACCACCGAGAAAAGCUCCAUCCUCCCCAGCGAAGGGCGGGCCAAUGCCAAUGCCUUCCACUUCGACUCCUUCUUCCCGUGGGCCGCCACCGACCGCCAGCCGUCGACAAUGGCGCCCAAGGAGUCGUGCUCACAAGGCAACGUCCUGGAUGUUAUUCUCUGCAACCAGUUUGCGUCACUUCUUCGCGUGUCCGAAACGGCGAACAAGGCCGAGGACCAAGACGCGGAGGAAGAGAAGGAAAAUGAGAAUGAGAGCGGGGAGGAUCAGAAUGAGAGCGUAUUGGAGAAGCUGCAGAAACAGAUCAGCAAGACAAAGGGGGAGGUGGAGACCAAGGGCCGGGCAGAUGGGCCCGCCGAGGAGAAGCUCGACGGCCCCGAAGAUGUGCUGACUGAUGAUGAGGCUGAGGAGCAGGAGGAUCUCGCGGAUUCCGCCGCUGAAGAGGGGGAUGAGAAUGAGGCGCCCGUCAACACUGAUGAGGUUGCUGGUGUGGAGGAAGGGUACGUCACUCCUUCGGACCAGUACCUCACAGACAAGCUGGGCCUGCUCUUCUCCGGAUUCAGAAAGACAGGUAGGUAGGGCAUUCCUUUCGGCCAGCCAGCUGACCAAAGAUGAGACACCAUUGCAUCUGUCUGUCUCGGUGUGUGUACCAACCCCCCCACUCACCUCACAGGCAAGGAUGCCUCUCAGAUGCCCCGCAAGACCUUUGCCCUCCGCGCGCAGUACUUCUCCGAGAGCACCGACGGUUCGCCGCCCGGCCCGCCCCUGCUCAUGUACGUGGAGGUGCUGCCCCUCUCCAAUCAAGGCAUGUUCCACUACAAUCGCCUCUCACAAGGACACAAGGUGCGCGACCUGCCCAUCACUGGCUGGGACACCGAGACCACCGGGGAACAAGCGGAGGAGGACGACGGCGACAAACCGAGUGAAGGGACCACCAACAAACGCAAGAAGCGCAAGGGCGAGCCCAAGAUGAAGACCAUUCGGUGCGGGGAUACUGUUGUGGUCAACACCAAGGAGGGCCAUAGUCUGGGGGCUGACAUCAAGUGCGGCAUGCUCGUGUCGAAGGAGGGGCUGGCGUACGACGUCCAGCCGGCGCCGGCUAAACGGUGGGUCAGUCAGUUGACGAGUUGACGGCAUGGAUGGAUGGAUGGAUGCGCACCUUGUGUGUCUGUGUGUGUGUGUGUGUGUGUAUGGUGUGUCUUUGUUUGUCAGCGGUAUGGUGUAUCGUGUGUUUGUGGGUAAUGCGACGGCACUUGAAGUGGAGGCUGAGAGUGGGGGUCCCGACUCAGUGUUCCGCAACGCCACUGUGCUGGCCAUGAUGGACGGUGAGUGAAUGGAUGGAUGGAUGGAGGAAGGAACACACACCACAGCUCAGCUUCACCCGGUUCUAUUCUCUGUGUGUGUGUGUGUGUCUGUGUGUAUGUGUGGCUGUGCCACAUCGCAUUGCUUCCAUCGAUCAGACUAUAACGGUACGCCAACGAAAACUGCUGGUCUGCCCUGUCCUUCGUUCAUCUCUCGUCCCUCCCUCCCCCGGGGCCUCGGAUGUGUUGGGAUGUGUUGUGUGCAGAUGCUUCGGCCAUGUACAAGUGCCACGAGGGCAGACUGCAGCAAUCCAUAAUGCUCCCAGGCUUCGCUCACCUCGCCGGUUCGUGUGCCGCGUGACACACCACCAAGGGAAACCCAUCCAUCUCCAUCCGGCUGUCUGCCUGCCUGCAUCUGCUCGUGUGUGUCUCGAUGCGCGCGCGUGUGUGUGUUCAGUUGGCGAUUACAAGGACCGCAAUGAGGGUGUCGCGACGACACUGCGCAUCUCGGUGAGUGAGAAGAUAUGUAUCCAAACACACACACACACACACACACACAAAGCUGACAUAAGACUACACAGCACAUGAGCCAUGAGACAUCUGUGCCACUGCUGUGGUGCUCUGUUGUGUGGUCGUCUGCAGUGCUCGUAUAUCUAGGCUCCAAUUAAGGCUGGCGCGGAGAGAAUGGAUGGAUGGGGGUCUUUUGUCGAGCUGCAUCCCAAAUCGGUGUGCCUAUUGAGGGGGGUGGGUUGACCAUCGAUGCGAUGCCCGGCAGGUCAAUUAAGUCCACCAGAGGGCCUUUGUGUUUUUUUCUUCAUCGUCCUUGAUGGUAUUUGUAUGCUGAUCAAUCCAUCCACGACACCGCCAUGCCAUGGCACCACCACCACCUCAUCUCAUGUGUCUGUCUGUCUGAUGGGGGUGUCAGUCUGUCGGCUAGGCUACUGAUGUGAUAUGCAUUGCUGUCUGU